GUGAUGGAGGCUGGGUGGAGCCCUUUGAUCUGCAAGGCUUCUGGCCUUUCAUGCUGUCUACGGGCGGCUUGCUGUGGCCACUUCUCGCCAUCCUUUGCGGCCUGGUAGUUGCUGCGGCGGUAAUUUAUGCCGCUGUCUACGAUGCCAUCCCCCAGCCCUUCUGCGGCUUUCGGCUGCCCACUGUGCCGGGGCUGAAGGAGGAGCACUUCUACUGGGGCGCUUUCGCUGUUGCCGCCUGCCUCAGCGCGGUGACACUCCUGAGCUGCGUCUUCGCUUUCUCCUCGGGCUUCGGGGGCAAUGCCUUCAACUGGGCCGCCUCCGAAGUGUCUAUGUUGCUCGACGGCGUGAAGACUUCCAUGCAGGACGUGGAAGGCGUGCAGAAGGCAGCAGCAGCUGUACAUUCUGAUCUGGACGACCUGUACCAGACAUGUCCGCCCUCCAUCGAGCAAAUGCUCGGAAGCUCCGUGACGCGCGUGAAGACUGACAUUAUGAAAGCCAGCGAGGAGAGUGGCCUCACAGUGAAGGCUCUUCAAGCCUUUCCGGCCCUGCUGCAACGUGGGGCCGACGAGCUCAGCGCUCUGUCUGCUUGGCUCCCGAUCCUCGCAGCGCUCAGCCUCACCGCUGUGCUGCUUUGUUACUGUGCGGUUGGCUUGGAGCUUUUGGUGAGCCAGAACCUCACGGUGCAAAAGCGCCUGUCCAUUAAGCUGUCUCCUGGCGCGCUCCGGCUGGUGCUGCCCGUUUCCAUCGCCGUUGCGGCGGUGGUCUUGUGCACUGCGGCGGCGGCAGAGUUGUCCACCGCCGGGACGGUGACCAACUUCUGCCGGGGCGGGCCCGACUCCAAAGUUCUAGAGUUGGCAUCGGAGACGGCUGGGAAGACGUCAUCGGCCUACGGGCUGGCUGAGUACUACCUCACAGGCAAGCCCGACAACCCGGCCACGGCGCACCUUAGCUUGGCGCAGGCUGCGGUUUCUGCUUGCAUCAGCUGGCUGGAUGAGUACCGGACUGCUUUGGCAACCACCUGCCCGCAGUGGAAAGCUCAAGAGGCGUACUCCGAUCUGCAGAACUUGGAGGAGAAUCUUAAUGCUAGUGGUGCAGUGCUACAGCCAAGCGGACUCUACCCCCACUACCAGACAGCCACCCAUGUGGCGGCCUGCGUCGGGGGCUCUUCUGGGCUGGCGUCGCUGGCGCUGGAGCAGGUGCUGCUAGGUGCAGUGCUGCUGCCUUUUCUGGGCCUCAGCACCUCCUGGGUCCUUAGCUUCCUCAGCCGUGGUGGCGUCUACCAGAAGCUGGCCCAGGGUAAGGCUGAUGCGAGUAGCGAUGAUGAGGCCUCAAAGCACGAGGACCUAAACUCGCUUUACUAUGUUGUCUAUGCCUUCUCCGCGGUGAUAUUUGCCGUGGGCACGUGGAUGUACGUGGUCCCCCAGCCCGGCAUUUUGAGACCGGUCAUCGGCACCUUGCUCUUUGCGACCGGGAUAUUUUUGAUGAUGAAUUCCGACCUCAUAGUCACCUACUUCCGGCUGCAUGAGCAGGUGGAAAAGUUUAAGUCCAACAACGACAGUUACCAAAAGAACGUGGACAAAACUGCCCAGGAGGUGCGAACCCUGCAAACCGCGGCGAAGGGCUUCGAAGAGAUCGACAGAAAGUUUGGCAGCGACAUUGACCGUGCUAUGAAGGAGGUUCGGAUGAUGGAAACAGCGGCCCGCUCCAAGAUGGGAAUGAGCAUCGGCCGCAUGGUGCAGCUCUAUAUGGACGUGGAUCAAGACAAAAAGAUUUCUGACAAGGAGCUGGACGAGGCGGUAAACACUUUGGCUGACAUCUUCGGCGCGAUGAUCAAAGGCUUGAGGGCUGAACGAUUGCCCAAGAUGAUUGAUGCCAUCAGAGGGCACAAGAUCUUCCGGACCACUGGAAGCAUCUCCUUGGACUCCUUUGCCAAGGCCUUUGAGAUCACGCUCUUCGUGCCGGAAGUCAAGCAGAUUUCCCAAUCCGUCAAGGGGGUGAUUGAUGAUGCAGAGAGCAGAGCAGCCGCGAAAGCUGCCAGACGAGGGCAGUCUCCAUAACAGCAUUUAAUUCAAGCAGGGCGGCUCAUGGCUAAGCCACGCGCCGCCCGUUUCUGACGCCACAGCGCUGCAGCACCUGAAAUCCCCACAGACGAUAACAUGGGGUCC